UAUCCGGUGCUGUUUACGCAGGACAAGAAUCAUCGGUUCAUGUCUUUGGACUGUCUUCACAGAGUGUUGAGAUUCUACUUGAAUGUUUACGCAGCUAAUCAACCUCCAAAUCGGAUAUGGGAUUACCUCGAUAGUGUAACAUCUCAAUUGUUAACGAUUUUGAGGAAAGGGAUGCUAAAUCAGGAUGUGCAGCAUGAUAAGCUUGUGGAAUUCUGUGUGACUAUAGCAGAACAUAACCUUGAUUUUUCCAUGAAUCAUAUGAUCUUAGAAUUGCUGAAGCAGGAUAGUCUAAGUGAAGCUAAGGUUAUCGGUUUACGUGCUUUGCUUGCCAUUGUGUUGUCACCUUCAACCCAGUAUGUUGGCUUGGAAAUAUUUAAAGGUCAUGAUAUUGCCCACUACAUACCAAAAAUCAAGGCUGCAAUUGAGUCAAUAGUAAGGUCUUGCCAUAGGACAUAUAGCCAGGCUCUUCUGACUUCUUCAAGGACCACAAUAGAUGCUGUAUCCAAGGAGAAGUCUCAAGGCUACUUGUUCCGGUCAGCGCUCAAGUGUAUACCUUACUUGAUUGAAGAAGUUGGCCGAAAUGAUAAGAUAACUGAGAUAAUCCCUCAACAUGGGAUAAGCAUCGAUCCCGGUGUUCGAGAGGAAGCCGUUCAGGCGCUGAACCGGAUUGUUCGGUUCCUUCCUCAUCGUCGCUUUGCAGUUAUCCGAGGGAUGGCCAACUUCAUCCUACGACUACCUGAUGACUUCCCUCUUCUGAUUCAAACAUCGCUGGGGCGAUUGUUGGACCUUAUGCAGUUUUGGAGAGCUUGCCUGAUUGAUGAUAGAUUGGAACUAGAUGCUAAUGAUGCAAAGAGGUUAGUGCGGCACAAUUGUGGAUUCAAGAAGUCUUCUUUCCAUCAACAAGGGGAAGCUCUGGAGUUUCAUGCAUCGGAGAUAGAUGCAGUUGGUCUUAUCUUCCUUAGCUCUGUGGAUACACAGAUCCGUCACACGGCGUUGGAGUUAUUGCGCUGUGCACGCUCCUUAAGGAACGAGAUACGGGACCUUUCACUUUUUGAUCAGCCAGAUCAUACUAGGAGAUAUGAAGUCGAACCAAUAUUUAUAAUUGAUGUGCUGGAAGAACAUGGGGAUGACAUAGUUCAGAGCUGUUACUGGGAUUCCGGUCGUCUGUUUGAUUACAAGCGAGAAUCUGAUGCAAUUCCUCCCGAUGUGACUCUUCAGUCGAUAAUAUUCGAGAGUCCUGAUAAGAACAGGUGGGCGAGGUGUCUUAGUGAGCUUGUGAAGUAUGCAGCUGAAAUUUGCCCAAGCUCAGUUCAAGACGCAAAGGUGGAAGUUUUGCAGCGUCUCGCUCAUAUUACGCCUGCCGAGCUAGGUGGAAAAGCACAUCAGUCACAAGAUGUAGAUAACAAACUGGACCAGUGGCUCAUGUAUGCUAUGUUUGUUUGUUCAUGUCCACCGGAUAGUAAGGAAGCUGGAAGCAUAGUUGCAACAAGAGAAGUUUACCAUCUUAUUUUCCCGUCUCUGAAAUCCGGAUCAGAAGCAAACAUUCAUUCUGCCACCAUGGCUCUUGGGCACUCACACUUGGAAUGUUGUGAGAUAAUGUUUAGUGAACUCACAUCUUUUGUUGAGGAGGUUUCUUCUGAAACUGAAGGAAAGCCAAAGUGGAAGAGUCAAAAACAGACUCGCCGUGAGGAUCUUCGGGUUCAUAUCGCCAAUAUUUAUCGCACCGUUGCCGAGAACAUCUGGCCGGGAUUCUUGGGGCGAAAGCCUGUGUUUCGUCGCCAUUAUCUCAGGUUUAUCGAGGACACAGCUAAACAGAUUACACCGGCAUCGGCUGAUAGUGUUCUAGAAACGCUACCACUUCGCUAUGCACUGGCUUCUGUUUUAAGAUCUCUAUCCCCCGAAAUCGUGGACUCGAAAGCAGAGCGGUUCGAUGUUAGACACAGGAGGAAACUAUUUGAUCUUCUUUUAUCCUGGUGUGAUGAAACGGGAAGUUCAUGGGGAAAAGAUGGUGUUAGUGACUAUAGACGUGAUGAUCGAAACAAGGCUUUGCAACACAGGUCGAAAGAUUCUUCGGACAGAAUUUCGUUCGACAGAGAAUCAACUGAACAAAUAGAGGUAAUCCAGUGGGCCUCUAUGACUGCUAUGGCUUCACUACUCUAUGGUCCUUGUUUUGAUGACAAUGCUAGAAAAAUGAGCGGCAGAGUUGUAUUUUGGAUUAAUAGUUUGUUCAAUGAGCCUUCAGCCAAGGCCCCAUAUGGCUACUCGCCUGACCUGAGAACUCCAUCUUAUUCCAAAUACACAGGAGAUGGGCGCGGAACUGCGUUUCGUGAUCGGAAUAAAAGUGGCCAUCAUCGUGUUGCUCUAGCCAAAUUAGCUUUGAAAAAUCUUCUUCUUAAUAAUUUGGAUCUCUUUCCUUCUUGCAUUGAUAAGUGCUAUUUCUCUGAUCCUGCUAUAGCUGAUGGUUACUUCAGCGUACUGGCCGAGGUCUACAUGCGACAAGAGAUACCGAAUUGUCAAACUCAAAGGCUCUUGAGUCUAAUCCUCUACAAGGUAGUGGAUCCAUCUAGACAAAUCCGUGAUGAUGCCCUUCAGAUGCUUGAAACACUCUCGGUACGUGAAUGGGCUGAAGAUGGCAUCGAAGGAUCAGGUAGCUAUCGAGCUGCUGUCGUUGGUAAUCUCCCUGAUUCGUACCAACAGUUCCAGUACAAGCUCUCAUGCAAAUUAGCCAAAGACCACCCUGAGUUGAGCCAACUUCUCUGUGAAGAGAUCAUGCAGAGACAACUUGACGCUGUCGAUAUAAUCGCUCAGCAUCAGGUGUUAACGUGUAUGGCUCCAUGGAUUGAGAAUCUGAAUUUUUGGAAACUCAAGGACUCGGGUUGGAGUGAAAGAUUAUUAAAAAGUCUUUACUAUGUGACAUGGAGGCAUGGUGAUCAGUUUCCUAAUGAAAUCGAGAAACUCUGGAGCACAAUUGCCAGCAAGCCCCGGAACAUUAGCCCGAUUUUAGAUUUCUUGAUUACAAAAGGAAUUGAGGAUUGUGAUUCAAACGCCUCUGCUGAAAUAAGUGGUGCUUUUGCCGCGUAUUUCUCGGUUGCCAAGCGAGUAAGUUUGUAUCUAGCACGUAUAUGUCCACAACGGACUAUUGAUCAUCUAGUUUAUCAGCUGUCUCAGCGGAUGCUGGAAGAUAGCAUUGAACCGAUUCGACCAGUUGCAAACCGGGCUGAUGGCAAUGGAAAUCUUAUCUUGGAGUUCUCUCAGGGGCCUGCAGCUGUCCAGAUUGCAUCUUUUGCAGACAGCCUGCCACAUAUGUCUCCGUUACUCGUCCGUGGUUCUUUUGAUGGUCCGUUAAGAAAUUCUACCGGAAACCUGAACUGGCGUCCACCUGGAGUUGCAGGACGAAAUUCCUCAAGCCCACUAAUUCCCAUGCCUCCUGAACUAGGCAUUGUUCCAGGAAGUGCAGGCAGGUCAGCUCAGCUCCUUCCAGGAUUGGUAAACAUGCCAGGGCCUUUAGGAGGAGUUCGGAAUUCCACGGGAAGUUUACGAAGCCGCCAUGCUUCCAGGGAUAGUGGAGAUUACCUAAUCGACACUCCAAAUUCCGUUGAAGAGAUAAUGCACACUGGGGUUGGUAUGCUUGGUGUCAAUGCUAAAGAACUCCAAUCAGCUUUGCAAGGGAACCAGCAGCACUCAAUGACUCGUGCAGAUAUAGCACUGAUUCUACUUGCAGAAAUUGCAUAUGAGAACGAUGAAGACUUCCGCGAGCACUUGCCUCUGCUGUUUCAUGUCACAUUUGUUUCAAUGGAUAGCUCUGAGGAUAUUGUAUUGGAGCACUGCCAGCAUUUGCUUGUUAAUCUACUAUACUCUCUUGCGGGUAGGCAUUUGGAGAUGUAUGAGGUUGAAAACCACGAUGGAGAGAACAGACAGCAGGUUGUUAAUCUGAUCAAGUAUGUUCAGUCAAAGCGAGGGAGCAUGAUGUGGGAGAAUGAGGACUCGACGGUUACGAGGACCGAGCUUCCUAGUGCUUCACUUUUGUCUGCCCUUGUUGAGAGUAUGGUUGAUGCAAUCUUCUUCCAAGGAGAUCUUCGCGAGACUUGGGGAGUAGAGGCGCUCAAAUGGGCUAUGGAGUGCACUUCCAGACAUCUUGCCUGCCGUUCUCAUCAGAUAUAUCGUGCAUUACGACCUAGUGUGACGAGUGAUACGUGUGUAUUACUCCUUCGUUGUCUACAUAGAUGCUUGGGAAAUCCGGUACCUCAUGUCCUGGGCUUCAUUAUGGAGAUUUUACUGACACUGCAGGUAAUGGUUGAGAACAUGGAGCCAGAAAAGGUGAUACUCUACCCACAACUCUUUUGGGGUUGUGUGGCAAUGAUGCACACAGAUUUCAUUCACAUCUACUGCCAGGUCCUCGAGCUUUUCUCACGUGUGAUUGAUCGUUUAUCGUUUAGGGACAGAACGGUUGAAAAUGUUCUCCUUUCCAGCAUGCCUCGGGAUGAGCUAACUAAUAUCGAAACUUGUGAAUUCCAGCGGAUGGAUUCUAGGGUCUAUGACUUGCCAGUAAUCGGAGGCAAUCUGCCAGCAUUCGAAGGAGUGCAGCCUCUUGUACUUAAAGGGCUUAUGUCCACUGUAAGUCAUAGUGUAGCAAUUGAGGUCCUCGCCCGCAUCACAGUGCACUCAUGUGAUUCCAUUUUCGGGGAUCACGAGACAAGACUGCUGAUGCACAUUACAGGGUUACUUCCCUGGAUUUGUUUGCAGCUCAGCAAAUACCCGUUGGUCGGACCGGGUUCUCCACUCCAACAGCAGUACCACAAAGCCUACUCUGUUGCUUUCAACAUCUCGAUUUGGUGUCAAGCGGAAUCAUUGGAAGAAUUAUCUACCGUGUUUAUGGCCUACUCCAGAGGUGAGAUCAAAAGCAUCGAUAAUCUCCUUGCCUGCGUAUCGCCAUUGUUAUGCAACGAAUGGUUCCCGAAGCACUCAGCCCUGGCUUUCGGACACUUGCUAAGGCUACUGGAGAGAGGUCCGGUCGAGUAUCAGCGUGUUAUAUUGCUCUUGCUCAAGGCAUUGCUGCUGCACACUCCCAUGGACACGGCUCAGGCCCCUUUCAUGUAUGCCAUUGUAUCCCAGCUAGUGGAGAGCGCUCUGUGUUGGGAGGCACUGAGUGUAUUAGAAGCUCUUUUUCUGAGUUGUGGUUCAUUAACUGCUUUGUACUCAUACGAUCCCGGGCUGUUCGAAAAUGGGACGGAUGAUAGGCUGCUAACUCCGCAGACCUCUUUCAAGGCUCGAGGCGGGCCUCUGCAGUAUGCUUUCGGAGCAGGUUCCGUGAUAGGUUCAAUAUCAGCCACCGAGUCGGGUAUGACACCUAGAGAGGUGGCUUUGCAAAACACUCGGAUGAUCCUAGGGCGGGUGCUCGACAACUGCGCCUUGGGGAGACGGAGGGAAUAUAGAAGGCUGGUGCCUUUUGUGACCACAAUCGGAAACCCAUAUCCGGCUGCAGGCUUACACGUAUAAUUUAACUUCUUGCACCUUU